UUAAGUAAGCUCUACUGGCUGCCAUUAUAAUUAUGCACCCUAAUAUACAUAAACAAGCUCCUUUUCAAUAUGAGAAUUGAAGGUGAUUGAUGAUUGCAUGAGUACCACAAAACAUACCCUUGGGAUGCAACUUGCAAGGCAACGUUGUCUCUUUCUCUCAUUUGCUCAUCAAUUCUUCUCAAAAGUCAAUAAAUUCAUUUUAAAAUGCAAUUAAAGACAGAAGGCUUCCAUAUGGUCUGGCUUGAUCUACAAUUAUUUUGCUAUAAAUAAGCAUGUCCUAUUCGAAUAAUUUAGACAAAAGCUUAAUUUAUAAAAUCCUUGCACAAGUUGAAGCAUAGCAGAAAUAAUGGGAAAUUUCAGUAUCAUCAACACUCUUGUAGUAUCAGCUGCAUCACUUCUUCUCUACUCAGUGUUGAGAAUAAUAUAUGCCGUUUGGUGGAGACCCAGAAGCUUGGAGAAGUGCCUAAGACAGCAAGGAAUCAAAGGAACUUCCUACAAGCUUUUCUAUGGUGACACUAAAGAACGGGACAGAGCUUUCGAUGAAGCAUGGUCCAAACCCAUGGCUCUGAAUCACCAUAUUGUGCCACGAGUAGAACCAUUCAUCUAUCAGAAGGUGCAAAACUAUGGGAAAAUCUGCAUUAGUUGGAAAGGAACGAGACCAAACCUAAUAGUGGCGGACAGGGAGCUGAUGAAGUUAGUUUUAAUGGACAAGAAUAGUGAGUUUGUGAAACAACCACAAAACCCUCUGGUCUACCUUCUCCAGCAAGGAGUCGAGACCUUAACAGGAGAGAAAUGGGCGAGACGCAGGAGGCUAAUAACACCUGCUUUUCACCUUGACAAGUUAAAGGAGAUGAUACCAGCGUUUGCGACAAGUUGUUCUAACUUAAUUGAUAGAUGGGCAAAGUUGGUAAGUCAUAAAGGAUCUUGUGAACUAGAUGUUGCACCAGAGUUCCAUAAUCUUGCUGGUGAUGUUAUUGCUCGAACAGCUUUUGGAAGUAGUUAUGAAGAGGGAAAGAAGAUAUUCCAACUCCAGAAGGAGCAAAUUGACCUGGUGCUUGAAGCUUUUCAUUCCAUCUACAUUCCUGGAUUUAGAUUUAUACCUACAGAAAAGAACAGAAGGAGAUAUCGGAUAAAUAGAGAAGUCAAAAAAUUGUUAAGGGACGUGAUCCAUAAGAAAGAACAGGCCAUACAAAAUGGAGAAUCCAGUAAUGAUGAUUUGCUAAGCUUGCUGUUGCUGUGCAAAGAACAAUCUGAAAAUGAUAUGUCUAUCGAGGAUGUCAUAGAGGAAUGCAAACUGUUCUACAUUGCUGGCCAAGAGACCACUGCCAACUGGCUCACAUGGACAUUGAUCAUUUUAUCUAUGAACCCAAAUUGGCAAGAUAAGGCAAGAGAAGAGGUUGUCCAAAUAUGUGGAAAGAGAAUUCCCAUUUUUGAAAACAUAAACAAUCUCAAAUUUAUAUCAAUGGUAUUGCAUGAAGUCUUGAGACUAUAUCCUCCUUUUACGGUUCUAACUCGACAUACAAGCAAGAAAACAACCAUAGGAGGAAUGUCUAUCCCUGCCCAAGUAGACAUUCAGUUACCAACAUUGUUGCUUCACCAUGAGGCAGAAUACUGGGGCGAUGAUGUUGAAGAAUUUAGACCGGAGAGAUUUGCUGAAGGAGUUUCCAAAGCAUCAAAGGAUCAAAUAGCCUUUUAUCCUUUUGGUUGGGGUCCAAGAUUUUGUCUAGGCCAAAACUUUGCAAUGAUUGAAGCAAAGAUGGCACUAGCUAUGAUUCUUCAACAUUUUUGGUUCGAGCUCUCUUCCUCCUACGCUCAUUCUCCCCAUCAUGUCUUCACUCUGCAACCUCAGCAUGGUGCUCCCAUCAUAUUGCACCGAAUCUAAUU